UUAGAAUACCAAGAUCGCAAAGUAACGCGAUCUUAUGCAUCUUACUAACUAGGAUUAAAUUGUUUUAAUAUAGUAUACUCUUUACACUGUUGUUUUAUUCUUUUAUUCUUCUAUCUUGACUGAAGUAAUCUGUAUAUAUGAUGGCGUCAAUCACCGCUUCGCUACAACAUGUCGACAAUUCUAUCACGCAUUUCCUUCCGCUUAUCCAAAUCGAUUGCAAUUAUAGCUUAGCAUGGCGUCGUUAUUUGUGCACUCGUAUUUAUUUUUUAGUGUUUUGAAUUUUAGAGAUUUUGUUAAUGAUACUUUUGAUUCAUCUUUUAGUAUAAAAAGGUAUUAAAACGCCUUUAACUUUACGUAAAGUGUUAUCAAAGGUUGUACGUAUUCGAACCUCGUAAUAUAUCAAACUUAAUAAGGAUUUAUUAUGUCGUACACGAUAUUUUUUUUUGAGACGGUCCCUUAUCAGAUGGACUACACGUCCAUGGAACUCUGACAGGACGGUACAGAGAAUAUCACACGGCACGAAGCGGUAUUGGUAGUAUGGCGAUCUGACUGGAUAACUGUGUUUUAGUAGGAUAUCAAGGAUAUAUUGUCUUUAGAAUGAUGUUUAUUCGCAGUGAUAAUUAGAAUACAGAAUUGUAACAGAUUUGGACGUACUACAAAAAUAGUGAUUGCACUAGUAAACAUGUUUACAAUGUGACAUGGACGAAAGAUGAUUGGAAGAUUUUGAAGAGCAUUAAACGUUUGACAACAGACAAUAUGGCCGACCCUGCUCUUCCGGAGUGUUCCCGUAUAACAGAGCUUCCGAUUACAAAUGCUUCUCAUCCUACACCGGAUAUUGCAUUCAGUACUGAACAAAGGAUUGUGGGAACAACUGUUGAUAUCACGUGUCCAGAAGGUUAUAAUGUGAUUGGACAAGAUACGAUCACGUGUUUAAUAUCGGAACAAUGGGAUGCGGAUGCUUUACCACAUUGUAGCGAUGUGGUGUAUGGUAUUCCUGAUUCUACAAAGAUAUACCUAGUCGUAUUUGCCCUCUGUGGCGCCCUCUGUCUGAUAGUUUUUACUGUAGUGCUAACGAAGAUCAUCUGCUUCAAGGACAAAAACAAAUACACAGAAAGUAAUUUCUUGGGCAGAAGCACAGAAUCUGUAUCAUCUAUGCAGUAUUUCCCUGAGGAAAAGCGAUACACAGCUCCAUCACAACCGGAAGUGACCAUAGAUGAACCUCGAUCUAAUUCUCCGCCACCGGAUAUAGAUACCAUAGCAACAUAUGUGAACCAGUCGUACCUCGGGGACGAACAAGAAAGAUGGCGACAGAGACUGUCUAGUUACGAUAGCUCGUUUGACGGAGACUUCGAUCUUCAAUGGCAUCACAUUCAACCGGAAGUACCCCAGGAUCAUAAUCGGAAGUGGAGUAAUAACAGUAUACAAGGCAUUGACACGUAUGAUUAUGAUCAAUACGGUGGUAUGCCUGUUAUUGGUGAAGGAGAACCUAUUGAUGACGACAGAACCCCGUUUUGAUGACGUCAGAACCACUUUUGUGAGAACAGCUGCCUAUUUCCUGUUUCUGUGCCUGAACUCUGAUACACAUAACGCAGAAAGAGGCAUCUUUGAUUUCUAGGAGAAUGGUUUUAUUGAAAAAAUAGUGCACAUGAUUUGAUGACGUCAUAAUCAGAAGUAUUAGUGAAAUAUUGAAGUGGUCCACGUGGUAUCCAAGGUUUCGGCUUAAGAACACGUGAAUCACAAACAAUGUGUUUAAUCGGAAACCUUUAUCUUAAAAUACUCGCCAUCAUAUAUGGAAACACAUUCGGUCUAUAUGGAUGCAUAUAAUAUAUGGACCGUGGUUAAGGAAUUAGUGUCAGGUCCCUGUGUUCGGAUAAAAGACUCGCCUAGUUGAUAAUGUGGCCUUGUGAUGACUUUCAUGAAGAAGCUACAUAUUAACAAUACGAAACUGAAAUGAUAUGUGACGUCACAGUUCAGUAUUUAAUGAUGUAUCAUCAAUUACGACACUACAUAUUUUUAAAUAUUAAAUAUAAAAGGCUAAAAAUGUAUAUAGUCAUCAGAAUUCAUUGUGUUAAACCCUUAUUAUAUUUCUCUGUUGACACUAUUUAUAUUAUUUAUAAACGUGAGAGAGAGAUUUAUUUAUAUAAAUGUUGUUGUUAAAAUUUUGCGUUUACAUACUUAAUGAUCAGAUGAAUGUUAUGUCAUUCCUUUGGUGUGUUCAGAAAUUUAUUGAAUUAAAACAUUCAAACUUUG